GUGCGGGGUGUCCCCGGUGCGGGUGUUCCCGGUGCGGGUGUCCCCGGUGCGGGGUGUUCCCGGUGCGGGCUGUCCGGGCCGGUGUUCCCGGUGCGGGUGUUCCCGGUGCGGGCUGUCCGGGCCGGUGUUCCCGGUGCGGGUGUUCCCGGUGCGGGCUGUCCGGGCCGGUGUUCCCGGUGCGGGGUGUCCCCGGUGCGGGUGUUCCCGGUGCGGGUGUUCCCGGUGCGGGUGUUCCCGGUGCGGGCUGUCCGGGCCGUGCCCUCCGUCCCGGGGCGCGGGCGGCGCCUGCGCAGAGCGGGCGGAAGCGGCGGCGGGCGCGGGCAGGGCCGGUCCGGGGCGGUCGGUGCCGCGUCCGCUCCGACCCGCGGUGCCCUCGGCGCGGCCAUGGCGGAGCCCCCGCGGCCGCAGCGGAAGCUGUCCCGGGUCGGGGAGAGCCUGUAUCGCGUGCUGGGGCUGCAGAAGGGCAGCUCCCCCGAGGAGAUCAAGAAGGCCUAUCGGAAGCUGGCCCUCAAGUACCACCCGGACAAGAACCCCGAUGACCCGGCGGCGGCUGAGCGGUUCAAGGAGAUCAACAGCGCCCACGCCACGCUGAGCGACGCGGACAAGCGCCGCCUCUACGACCAGUACGGCUCCCUCGGCCUCUAUGUGGCCGAGCAGUUCGGUGACGAUGCCGUCCGGCACUACUUCCUCAUGUCCAAGUGGUGGUUCAAGGCACUGGCGCUGUGCUGCAGUGCCCUCACCUGCUGCUGCUGCUGCUGCUGCUGCUUCUUCUGCUGCGGGACAUGUUGCCCGCCCAAGGAGGAAGAGUCCUACAAGUACGUGGACCCCAAGGACCUGGAGGCUCAGAUGCGCGCGGAGGACAGUGAUCCACAAAUCCCUGUUGUGGCGCAGCCCCCGCCUGCCAGCACGGAGCCGCUGCCGGCUGCCAGCACCAGUGCUGAUGCCUGAGGCUGACCCCGUCCCGCUGGCUCCCCCAGGACUCCAGGCACGGAUCCUCCUUUGGGACUGUCACUCUCCGGGACCCUGGUCCCGCCCUCUGGGCUGGCACUCCAGCCCCAGCAGGGGUAUAAUCUCAGGUUAAUUUGGCCAGCAUCAAUGCAGAGGCUCUCGGGCCCCUGCUCAAGCUCCGGGGCGAUGCCCCUGCGUCCCAGCACUGGUGGUGGUGGUGGCCCAGAGCCCACCCUGCUGCAGCCCCCCCAGUGCCUCGCCCGCUGCCGUGCCCCGCCGGGCACUGAGCACAAGCAGAGCGCUCCAGGCCCGGCUCGUAGCUCAGGCGAGGCAGCCGAGCUGUCCGAGACCAUUAACACUGUAACCUCUGGGGCUGGGCUGAGCCCGCUCCCCCCUCAUGGGACCCUCCCGAUGGGUGCUGGGUGCCAAACGCUGCUGUGGGGUCGGGGUGCUGCUGUCUGUACCCCUUUCCUCUGCCCUCUAGGUCUUGUGGGCACCAUUAAAGGCUGACGGGAGGGGA